AUGGAGACCAAUAUUGACGAAUUAUCCUCUCAGUUAAGUACAUUAACAACUAAAUCACAGGAAAUAUCCAAACUAGAUCAUCGUCUUCCGUUGUCAACUUUUCGUCUUCCAUCAAUGUCAUCUUGUCCAAUGGCAACAGAUGAUUAUAAUCAUCUACUUAUUUUUCAUCAUCAAAGAUUAAUACUAUUCCAGUUACCUACAUUCGAAAUUUUAUUUUUCAUUCCCACAGGAACUUUCACCGACUGUCAAAUAUCAGAUAUUUGCUUUUAUACAUUUUCCAAUUGUUUUCUAUUAUCCAGUGCGAAUACAAUCUACUCACUUGCAUCAGAUAGAUCAAUUAAACUCUUCCAGAAAUUUUCCAACACAAUUUGGUCGAUCACUUACACGUCAACAUCGAUAUUUGUCUGUUAUUUAUUCGGCGCGUCGAUGGAACAAUGGGACUUUUCGUCGAAAUCCGCAUUUUUAGUGAAUAGUUGGGUAAAAGAAGAUCUCUUGGAAGCAUUUGAUCAAGGUAUCAAUUGUAUUCGUGCUGUUAAUCAAUGCAUCGGCAUGACCAUCAAAGAACGGAAUUUUUCUUGGAGAAUUGACAUAUUCGAUUCGUUAACCAUGACACGAUUACGUCGUGGCAGUACAAUUCAACAAGGAAAUGGUUUGAGUAAUUGGAUUGGCAUUCUCUUUCCUAUGGAUUCAUUUCGUUGGCUAUUUGCUGAUGGUGAUGAAGGGUUAUUUCUCAUUAAUCAAACUGAUGAACAGAACUAUCAACACAACAACAUUAUGAAAAUAGCUUGUAAUAUUUGUUUACUUCGCGAUACGAACACUCGACAAUACAAUGCAAUUGUUGUUCAAUCCUAUGAAGAAUUACAAAUUUUCGAUGUUCAAUGA